UGCUUACGCGAACAUUUUUACAGCAUAUUAGAAUCAUUUAUCUCGUGUGGGCGUGGUUAGACCUUCGCACGUGGGAAAGGUUGCUUGUGCGAUAAGCACAUCCUGAUUCGGUUAGUGUAAUGAGAAUUUGGUAGGAAUAUCUAAGUAUUAUUUGAAGUGGUAUUAUACAGUAUGUCGUCUUUCUUUAUAAAAAAAAAGGGGAACACCAAAGUUUCUCGAACAGAUGAAGAGUCUGGCAGGAAAAGAAAGGGUGAUGGUGAUGCUAAAAUUAAAGGAACCCUAAGGAAACUUAAAUCCAGAAGGCUGAACGAAGAAAUCUCAAGUGAUUCAGAAACAGAAAGUCCACAAGUCAGUAAGAAAAAAGACGUUGAGGAGGAACGGUUCGAUGAGACCGCUCAGGAAAAGAAGCUCCGUCUGGCCAAACUUUACCUCGACCAACUACGGGAAGAGGAGGAGAAGGCAGCUGAAGACAAGUCUUACGAGGCAGCUGUGAUUGCUGGAAGACUUCAGGAGGAAGUGCUUGAACAGAAAGGAAAACUUCAGCGGUUCGUUGCAAGAAAUUACCUGGUUCCAGAUCCUGUUGACUUUCGUCUUUUAAGAGGCCAUAAGCUUCCGGUUACCUGCCUGGUUAUUUCACCAGAUGACAAGUUCAUCUUCUCUGCGUCCAAGGACUGUUCAAUUAUCAAAUGGGAUGUAAUGAGUGGUCAGAAAUUACACACUGUACCUGGAGGAAGGAAGGGGACUGAGGAUCGCCAUGUGGGCCAUACUGCUCACAUCCUCUGCAUGGCAAUAUCAUCCGAUGGCAAAUACCUGGCUACUGGUGACAUGAAUAAGUUGAUCAUGAUUUGGGAUGGAGCGACAUGUAAACACCUCCAGAAGUUAACGGGGCACAGAGAUGCUAUUUCGGGACUCUCCUUUAGGAAGGGCACUCAUGACUUGUAUAGUGCAUCUAAGGACCGAGCAAUCAAGGUGUGGAAUGUGGAUGAGAAUGCAUAUGUAGAAACACUUUUUGGUCACCAGGAUGCGAUCACGGGCUUGGACAGCCUGGGCCGGGAGCGGUGCGUGACGGCGGGGGGCCGAGACGGCACUGUCCGGGUGUGGAAGAUUGCAGAGGAGUCGCAGCUGGUGUUCCACGGCCAUGAAGGUUCCAUUGACUGCAUCCAACUCAUAAAUGAAGAACAUAUGAUAACAGGAGCAGAUGAUGGGUCUUUGGCCUUAUGGAGCGUCAACAAAAAAAAGCCGCUUUGUACAGUGAAGCAGGUGCAUGGUGUCCAUGGAGACAGUGGCCUGGAGCAGCCCCAUUGGAUCUGUGCUGUGGCUGCUCUGCACAACACUGAUCUGGUGGCCUCAGGUUCCCAUGAUUCCCAGGUGCGGCUGUGGCAGUGUGGCGACGGCUACCGUAACCUGCAGGCUCUCUUCAGCAUCCCUGUGGAAGGUUUCGUGAACAGUCUGAAAUUUUCAAACUCUGGAAAUUUUCUGGUGGCUGGAGUUGGCCAGGAACACAGGCUGGGCAGAUGGUGGAGAAUUAAGGAAGCAAAAAAUGGAAUUUAUAUCAUUCCACUGAAGAAACAAGACUCAGGCAAAUGAUGGGAAAAACAUGUAUGAAUAUAAAAGCUUCAGCAGGCUGACAUGUUAACUGUACACUUUUUAUUGAUUAAAUAACUUGAAUCGCUA